AUUCAACCCAAAAAUAUUCAGAGUGCUUGAAGCCACUGACAUCUUGAUAAACAUCCCUAUAAAAGAAAUAUAAACAGAGGUACAAAUCAUUUCAAACUGAGAAAGACAAGGAAAAAUCUAGACGGAUAAAUGUACAAAUUAUUGGACCUUUAACAAGGAGUGUAAACUUGCGACUUUGUGAGCUUAAGAUCUGAUCUGACUCGAGAAACAAGAAUAUGUAUCUUCACAUUUUAUUAUUUUCUUUACUUAUUGUUCCAUCAUCACAGAGAAUGGCUCCGAAUUCUGAUUUAAAUCCUUGGAAAAAUAAAAUUGAAAGACAAUCCAAGAUGGCCGACCUGAUGCCAGGUCUUUUCUCAGAGUUACAAAAAGCAGACGUCAAGAUAAUCAAACAGCAAAACAACUCGAUCAUGACAACAGAAAGACCAGGCAGACCUGAUAUGCAAGUGACAGAAAGACUUGAAACGCAUUCAAUAAUAAGACGAAUUCCAUUUCAAGAUAGAUGCUGUGACACAAUCGACUGUUAUUGGCAACUGGAUGAGGUCAUCGAUACAAACAAUGGAACUUUCGAAGUUGUGCAUUUAGAACACCUUGGCCAGUACCAACUACUUACAGUUGGAUUAUGCAGACCAGAGAGUACAUGCGGACCUCCAUGGUUAAAGAAAUGCCAAGAACAUUGGAGGAUCUUCCAUGUAUUAGUAUGGCUUCAACAAUCUCCUUGGUAUGCCUUCAAGACUGUCAAAUUACCAACACGCUGUAAAUGUGCUUGA